AUGGAAAACUUACUGAUGUUGUUGUACGACGGGAACGACCACAUUUACCAAGCUGAUACCUUUUCCACGGACGUUUUACGCCUUCCCGCCCCAGAUGCUGACCACCUGAGGUAUUCAAUCCCAGCAGAAGAGCUCGACGAACGGGAGACGAUAGAAGAGGGUCCGGCCGAAAUCUGCUUGGAAAAGAUCCUGAGGCAAUUCGGCAGGGAUCAGGAUAAAGCUCUCUGUCUGUGUCUUCACAACCGAACCGCCGAGGCAGCAGAGAUCAUUUUAUGUUCUCUCCUCUGGGUUACCAGUGAUGCAGUAGUGCGCGGUAUGUCUCAAGGUUUAUCGCUUAUAUGUGUUAUUUUGGACUGUUUCACCGACCAUGGGCUCACGCCGUUUCUAUUAGGCAUUCUGUACGACGACGCUGCGGUUCAUCUCAGGCAACUCAGGCUCUGGAGCGAGUUCAAUAUCUGCUGUCUUGCAGUCUGGCAGAAGCAAAAGGAUUUGACUCAGGCUUCGAUGACGGCGAACAUCCCUCUUCCCGACCCAUGUCUGAGCAUUUCACAAAUAGAAACAUUUGGUGCGGAGCUGAUUGCUAUCUGUGACAGGAUAGAAAAGCAUGGACUAGUGGACUAUGAGGUCGGGGUCUGGGAAGAAGAGAUUCUCUCCAUCCUUCAUCAGUGUUGGUCAUUAAGUCAGACGCUUUCGACACAGUUGCGGAUGCUCGACCAGUUAGCCGAGCGAGAUGGCCAGAUGAGUCGGUCAAUUUGUGCUGGCCAACGACAAUAG